CCGUCCCGGGUCCAGGACAUCUGGCUGCUGGAUGCUGCAGUUUGUCCUUCUCAUCUGAGAGCCAUGGCUUCUGAGGUGGUGUGUGGUCUGAUCUUCAGAGUGCUGUUGCCAGUGUGUCUGGCGGCAGCAUGUCUGUUCAGGUACAAUGGACUGUCCUUCAUCUACCUCCUGUACCUCCUCCUCAUCCCGCUGUUCCCCGAACCCUCCGGUAUAACCAUGCAAGGCUACACGGGGCACUUGCUGAAGUCUUUAUGCUUCUGCAGCAUGACCUUCCUCUUCAUCCACAUCGUCUAUCAAAUCACCAUCCACAGUUUGCUGGCUGCAAACUCUAUCAAUUCUGAAUUCAAUUGUUCAGUGUGGGAGAAGUCAAUACGACAGAUUGGUUUCGAGAGUGUUAUUGGUGCAGAUGCAGGCAAUGGUGUCCGAGUUUUCCUCCCGGAUAUUGGGAUGUUCAUGGUGAGUCUGUCCGUGUGGCUGCUGUGCAGAAAGCUGGUCCACAAGCUUCCCAGUGAAGAAAUGGCCCAGGACAACCAUGACUUUGAGGCCGAGGAAAAGGAGGAGAAUGACGAGAAAGUGGAAAAUGGUGAUGAUGAUGAUGACGAGAUGCUCUUUGACGAGGACUUUGAUGCAGAAGAUGAGGCAGAGGAAGAGGACGGGGAGAGAGCAGGUCUGGAUGAGGAAGAGGAGGUGGAGGAGGAGGAGGUGCAGGAGAGCAUAAAGAUGAAGAUUCUGCGCAGAGUAGCAGGAGUGCCAACAAAACUCAAAGAGAUCAUCGGUAACCUCAUCACAACUGCUGGACAAGUGGUGGUUACCAUUCUACUGGGAUUAACAGGUGUCACGCUGCCCUCUCUGAGCUCAGCCGUCUACUUCUUUGUGUUUUUGGGGCUGUGCACGUGGUGGUCGCUCUGCAAGACCUUUGACAAGCUCCUCUUCAGCUGUCUGUGUGUCCUCAUGGCCAUCUUCAGUGCUGGUCAUCUCACCAUACUUUAUUCCAACCAGUUCCAGUUCCUGCAGGAGGCCAUCAGCCUCAACGACAGCUACACCAGUUUGUUUGGCAUCUCCUCCAUCGUUCGAACCGACUGCUCCUCAACCUGGAAGCUUGCUGUCAACAGUGGCCUGAACUGGCACCAUUUUGUCAAUCCCAUCAUGCUCUUGGUCCUGUACUACACACUGGCCACCUUGAUCCGUCUGUGGCUGCAAGAUCCCAUGAUCAUGGAGAGUGAGAAAGAGGAGAUUAACGAGGAAAAUGAGACCGCUGGAAACCGCUUCGUUCACACGUCGAUCGGGAAGCGGCUGCUCUGGUGGAAAGCGCAUCAGAAAACUGAGGAAAGAAAUCUGGCGCUUGGUUUGGAUCGUUUCCUCAAACCAUACGCUGCUGUGGGUGCUAAUGGUUGCCGGAUUUCAUGUACAAGACGUUUCCAUCCAUGGGGUUUCAUGGCCAUGGACCUGGCCUCAUCGAGACCAAUCGUUUCACUUCGUAAGACCUCAGUAUAUCGUCAGGAGUCACAGGCAUGGAGUAUAACGUACGUUAGCUGGCCAACAUUCGUCUUUCUGCUGUGGUCCUGUACUCUGUGGAUGGUGCGAGACCGAAGGAAAUAUGCCAUGCUGACCUCCCCGUUCAUGGUGGCUUAUGGGAACCUCCUGCUGGUCUUUCAGUAUAUCUGGUGUUUUGAGCGCUUGAGUCCAGUGCCGGGUUUCUUUCUGAAGAUGGAGGUGCCCUUCAGUGAACUGAGCAGCAAGGUUUUGUGUCAGCUGAGUUUCUGGCUGCUGCUCAGACAAACUUUGAUGGAACGACGAGAGAAGAUGGAAGAGGAAGCAGCGCUUUGUGACGUCAAAGUAGAUGAGCAGGGAAAAAGUGGGUUAUUAAAUCCUGUAAUCGUCACUGUCUUAAUGCAUAAAAAAUAACUUUCCAUGUGGGUUUUAGAAGAAGAAAAAGACGAAGAGGAGGGGGGCGAGAAUGACCUGAUGCCUGUGAUUGGGAAACUAGUGAUGGCUCUGCUGGUGAAAUACUGGAUCUAUAUCUGCGGAGGAAUGUUCUUCUUCGUCAGCUUCGAAGGAAAGAUUGUCAUGUACAAGAUCGUCUACAUGAUGAUGUUUCUGUCCUGCGUGGCUCUUUACCAGGUGCAUUAUGAGUGGUGGCGCAGGAUCCUGAAGUACUUCUGGAUGUCUGUGGUGGUUUACACCAUGCUUGUGCUCAUCCUAAUCUACACCUGUCAGUUUGAGAACGCCAUCAAUACCUGGUCCAGUAUGACGGGCAUGUCAGAAAAAGUACUGGGGGACAUCGGUCUGGAGAAGUACAGCCUCUCGGAGUUGUUCACCCGUAUCUUCAUCCCCACGUCCUUCCUGCUGGUCUGCAUCCUGCACCUGCAUUACUUCCACGACCGCUUCCUGCAGCUCACCGAUCUCAAAGCCGUCAUCAGCAAAGAGCAGAGCACCAUUUACAGCUAUACUAAAGUCAGUGGUCGUAUCUAUCUGAUCGUGGAUAGACUGGCUCAUCCUGACGGGAGUCUGGCCGAUCUGACGAUGAAGAGCACGUCUCCAGAGCCGCUGCUGAAGGAGGAGAAUGAGAAAGAGUCCAUGAACGAGGUGCUGGUUGUGGACUGUGUGGACGAGGAGAAGAAGAAAGAGUCUCUGUCCAUCCAUUCAGCUCAUCUGUCCAGUCAGGAGGACAUUCAGCAGUUCAGCUCCGCCACAGAUCCUGAACUGCUCUCAGAACAGAGCUCAGACCUUAAGAAUAAAUGGCAUUUGGUGGUGGACCGGCUCACGGUCCUUUUCCUCAAGUUCCUGGAGUACUUCCAUAAGCUGAAGCUCUUCAUCUGGUGGCUGCUGGAGAUGCACAUCAUCAAGAUCGUGUCCACUUACAUCAUCCUGCUGUCUGUGAAAGAGGUCUCGCUCCUGAACUAUGUGUUUUUGAUCUCAUGGGCGUUUGCGCUGCCGUAUAAGCAGUUUCGAGUUCUCGCUUCUAGCGUUUGCACCAUGUGGACGUGUGUCAUCAUCAUCUGCAAGUUGUUUUAUCAGCUAGAGACCAUCGAACCCAGCAACUACUCAAGUAUUUGUACUAUGCCAUCCAACUACACAGAAGAGCAAAUUAUGGACAUGAAUCAUUCUCUACUGUACCGGAAGCCCGUGGAUCCUGCAAACUGGGUCGGCCUGGAGAAGUUUGAAGAACCUGUACUGCCCAACCUGAGGAAUAACUUGUUGAUGUUGGCCAUCUUGGCGUUUGAAGUCACCAUUUACAGACAUCAGGAGUUUUUCCGUCUGAGAAACAAACUCUCUCCCCCUCCCUCUCGGACCAUCUUUCAUGAGAUCACCCGGCAACACCUUGACAACAGCAUCAUCAACUGCGCCAAAUACUUCAUCAACUACUUCUUCUACAAGUUUGGUUUAGAGGUGUGUUUCCUGUUGGCGAUCAAUGUGAUGGGUCAGCGGAUGGAUUUCUACUCCAUGCUGCACGGUUUGGCUCUGGCUGUGGUGAUGUACAGACGCCGGAGGAAAGCCAUCGCUGAGAUCUGGCCCAAAUACUGCUGCUUCCUGGCCUGCAUGAUCACCUUCCAGUAUUUCAUCUGCAUUGGAAUCCCACCGGCUGCUUGUAAAGAUUAUCCCUGGAGGUUUUCUGAAUCCAUGAUGGAUUCUGACAUCAUUAAAUGGCUUUUCCUUCCUGAUUUCCACACUCAGCCCAACUCCUUGUUCCUCGUCUAUGAUUUCAUGCUGCUGCUGUGUGCGUCGCUGCAGAGGCAGGUGUUUGAAGAUGAAAACAAAGCGGCCGUUCGUCUGAUGGCGGGAGAUAACGUAGAGAUCUGCCGAGACCUGGACGCGGCGUCGUUCAGCGUUCACAACCCCGUACCGGACUUCAUUCACUGCAGGUCGUACCUGGACAUGCUGAAGGUGAUCAUGUUUAGCUACCUGUUCUGGUUCGUCCUGACCAUCAUCUUCAUCACGGGCACAACUCGGAUCAGCAUCUUCUGCAUGGGUUACCUGGUGGCGUGUUUUUACUUCCUGCUCUUCGGUGGCGAUCUCUUGCUCAAGCCAAUCAAAAAGAUCCUCCGUUACUGGGAUUUCCUCAUAGCUUACAAUGUUUUCGUCAUCACAAUGAAGAACGUGUUUGCUAUUUUGGCGUGUGGUUAUAUCAAGCAUUUGGUAAAGAAUAGCUGCUGGUUGGUUCAGCUGCUCAGUCUUUCCUGCACCAUAAAAGAAUACAAAGCUCUAGAAGGAUGUGAAGUGCCGAAGGACGAGGCCGGAAUCAUCUGGGACAGCAUCUGCUUCACGUUCCUCCUGCUGCAGAGACGCGUUUUCAUGAGCUACUACUUCCUGCAUGUGAUCGCAGACAUCCGCGCCGGACAGAUUCUCGCAUCUCGAGGAGCAGAGCUGUUUCAGGCCAGCAUUGUGAAGGCUGUGAGAGCUCGUCUGGAGGAGGAGAAGAGAUCCAUGGAGCAGCUGAAGAGACAAGAUUCAGUGGUUAGAAGUGGUGAUUAUUACCUGUUUGAAACUGACAGUGAAGAGGAGGAGGAAGAGGAGGAGAAGAAAGAUGAAGAACAGCCCAAGAGAUCAGCCUUCCAGUUUGUGUACCACACCUGGAUUGCUGACUCUAAAGCAGCCCUGAAAGAAAGAGGCAAAGGGAGGCGUCAUUUCUGGAAGCGAUACGGCCGCAGACGUAGAAAAGACAAGCAAGAAGGUACGAUCGGUGAAGAAGACCGUCAGAGUUCAGAGGAAGACAAAACGGACGGACCAGACAAUAUUAUCAAGAGAGUCUUCAACAUCAUCAAGUUCACCUGGGUGCUGUUUCUGACCACCGUUGAGAGCAUCACCAAGUGGCUGAACUCCGUCUGCAGAGAAUACAUCGACAUCUCCACCGUUCUGCGCAUCGAGCGCUGCAUGCUGACCAGAGAAGUCAAAAAGGGAAACGUGCCAUCCCGUGAGAGCAUCCAUGUGUACUACCAGAAGCAGAUGAAACUGAACGGAUCUCAUGAAUCUGGACUGGACCGGAUCAGUGAGGAGGACUCCUGCUCAAACAGAGAGCGCCGCAGACGGGCCAGCCACAGUCUGGAUUCCUUCGCUUCCAGAGACAGCAUGUCCAGUGAAGUUACUCAGUCCGUUACACUUUUCUCUCGGCAAGGAACCAACGACACUCUAGACGAGGUCGAGGACGAGAGAGAACAGGUGGAGGCAAAAAAGAAGGAAACUGCAGAGACUGUUGAGGACAAACCUGAAGGAGCAGAUGAUGAGGAAGUGAAAGAGGAAGAAGUGAAACGGGAAGCGAUGAAUGAGCUGGCAGGGGAAGUGACACAAGAAGUGACGGAUGAGCUGGCAGAGGAAGCAAUACAGGAAGUGACAGGUGAGCUGGCAGAGGAAGCGAUACAGGAAGUUACAGGUGAGCUGGCAGAGGAAGCGAUACAGGAAGUGACAGGUGAGCUGGCAGAGGAAGCGAUACAGGAAGUGACAGAUAAGCUGGCAGAGGAAGGGAUACAGGAAGUGACAGAUAAGCUGGCAGAGGAAGCAAUACAGGAAGUGACAGGUGAGCUGGCAGAGGAAGCGAUACAGGAAGUGACAGAUAAGCUGGCAGAAGAAGCAAUACAGGAAGUGACAGAUGAGCUAGCAGAGGAAGUGAUACAGGAAGUGACAGAUGAGCCGGCGGAGGAAGUGACAGGAGAAGUGGAAGAGGAACUCCAAUGGGAUUUGGUGGAUCCAGAGGAAGCAGUUGAAGAUGUUCAGGUUCUUCAGCUGGAUUGUGAGGAGCAUGGAGAGGAAGAGCAGUGCAUUUCUGAAGAUGAGGAUGGUGAACAGCCAAUCCGACGGGACGAAGGUGAAUCAUCAGGACCGGAGAACAUGCAAACGGACGUGAUCAGCGGGCAGCUUUUCACCCCGGACACAGACGCCCCCAACACCUCAGACGCUGACGUGCCGCCCAGCUACAGCAAAGCCGUGAGCUUCGACCGUCUGUCUGUGAGCUCGGACGACAGUGACAAACGGCUGAUGCUGAUGACGCCCGACAGCAGAUCCGAUCUGGACGACCCUCUGCUGCCCUCCAUGACCACCGAUCUGACCGCCAGUGAACUGCUGCUCAACAAAAUGUUCUAUGAUGAGGAGCUGGAGAACUCUGAGCGUUUCUAUAAAUCGCAGCCGCUCGGGCUCCAGCUGUGUUAUGCUCUUUAUAACCUGCUGGUGGCGCACUCUGAGAUGGUCUGUUACCUGGUCAUCAUCCUCAACCACAUGAUCUCAGCGUCCAUGGCGACGCUGGUGCUGCCCAUCCUCAUCUUCCUGUGGGCGAUGCUCUCCGUUCCUCGGCCCAGCAAGCGUUUCUGGAUGACGGCCAUCGUGUACACAGAGGUCACCAUCGUCGUCAAAUACUUCUUCCAGUUCAGCUUUUUCCCAUUCAACCAGAACCUGGAAUUCAGCAAGGGGAAGCCGUACCAUCCGCCCAACAUCAUCGGCACAGAGAAGAAAGAAGGAUACGUGCACUAUGACCUGGUUCAGCUGCUGGCGCUGUUUUUCCACCGAUCCAUACUAAAGUGUCACGGACUCUGGGAUGAAGACGACCCUAAAGCGUCCCAUAAGGAUGAGUGUCUUAGUCAGGAUGAGCCUGUGGAUGAGGGGAAGAUGGCGGUGGCAAUUCCACCCGAGGAAGAGAAGAAGAGUUCUCCAGCAUACUCGCUCAAGUCUGUGAAUCUUGGCAUGUCCGUGGACUCGUCUCAGGUGCACAUGCAAAUACGUUACCCUGAGCAUCGGCCUCACCUGCCGCGGCAGAGCACUAGCGGAUCUCACCUGUCCCGCCGCUCAUCUGCAUGCUCCAAACGCGGCAGCACAAGCACACGGAACAGCAUUCGCAGGGAAAACAGCACCAUAGAGCCAGAAGUUCCGCAGAAGAGCCGGAAAGAAAUGAUCAUGGAGAAGAUCCGAGAGCAGCUCAUCAAAGCAAAGGUUUAUGUGAUCAAAAAAUUGGUUGAGUUCUAUCAGCCCAUCCGUCAGUUCUUCUAUAACCUGAUUCAUCCGGAGUACAACGCCGUGACGGAUGUUUACGUCUUGAUGUUUCUAGCAGACACCGUUGAUUUUAUCAUUAUUGUCUUUGGCUUCUGGGCAUUUGGGAAACAUCAGGGUGGUGCUGAUAUCACAUCCUCGCUGUCAGAAGACCAAGUUCCCGGGCCGUUCCUCGUCAUGGUGCUCAUCCAGUUCGGCACGAUGGUGGUGGAUCGCGCCCUGUACCUCCGCAAGACAGUGAUGGGAAAAGUGAUUUUCCAGGUCGUCCUGGUGUUCGGCAUCCAUUUCUGGAUGUUUUUCAUCCUACCAGGAAUCACAGAGAGGCGCUUCAGUCAGAACACUAUCGCUCAGCUGUGGUACUUUGUGAAAUGUAUUUACUUCGGCCUGUCAGCGUAUCAGAUCCGCUGUGGAUAUCCGACUCGCAUCCUGGGAAACUUCCUCACCAAGAGCUACAGCUACGUCAACCUCUUCCUCUUCCAGGGGUUCCGUCUGAUCCCGUUCCUGACGGAGUUGCGGGCGGUGAUGGACUGGAUUUGGACGGACACGACGCUCAGCUUGUCUAGCUGGAUCUGUGUGGAGGACAUCUACGCUCACAUCUUCAUCCUCAAAUGCUGGAGGGAGUCUGAGAAGCGUUACCCUCAGCCGCGCGGACAGAAGAAGAAGAUGGUUGUGAAGUAUGGAAUGGGCGGCAUGAUCGUGAUGCUCCUGAUCUGCAUCAUUUGGUUCCCGCUGCUCUUCAUGUCUCUGAUCAAAUCUGUGGCAGGAGUGGUCAACACUCCGCUGGACGUGUCCGUCACGCUCACGCUGGGAGGACUUCAGCCGAUCUUCACGAUGAGCGCCCAGCAGAACCAUCUGAAAAACAUCUCUUCCACAGAGUUUGCCAAGUUUUUAAAAAAAUACAGCACUGAUGCAAGUGCCAUGCUGUUCCUGGAGUCUUAUAUUCAUGAGGAUUUGACAGUAGCAGAACUAGAAGGAAGUUCCAACUCGCUCUGGACCAUCAGCCCCCCGAGCAAGCGGAACCUCAUUCAAAUGCUCAGUGACGCAGAUGAGAAGUUUCCUCUCACCUUCACCUGGUCCAUACAGAGAAACCUCAGUUUAGGUGCCAAAGCUGAAACUGCAAUAGGGAAACACUAUAUAGACUUGGACAAAACCACGAGAACUAAGCUAAAAAAUCUACUGAAUGGAACUGAGCACAAAGAAGUGGUCAUUGAAAACAUUUUUCCAAGAUACAUCAGAGCACCAAGCGACUCCAAUGCCAAGCCUAUUGGGCAGCUCUACAAAAAUGAAUACAUGAGCAUCACACUGUCUUUACAUAAAUCCAGCAAAGACAGCACAGAGGGCGUCCAGGAGUGGUGGAUCGUGAAUCAGACAGAAGCAGGGCCGUUAUCUGUGGGCUCAGCCAGGAAUGCAAACGAAUCUGGUCUGGAGCUCUACAUCAUCAGUGACCAAGUCAGUCCACCCAGUCUGGGCUUUCUGGCUGGUUAUGGGAUCAUGGGUCUGUACAUGUCGGUGGUUCUGGUUAUCGGGAAGUUUGUGCGUGAAUUCUUCAGCGGGAUCUCGCGCACCAUCAUGUUCGAAGAGCUGCCUAACGUGGACCGGAUCCUCAAGCUCUGCACCGACAUCUUCCUGGUCCGAGAGACGGGAGAACUGGACCUGGAGGAAGACCUGUACGCCAAACUCAUCUUCCUCUACCGCUCUCCAGAAACCAUGAUCAAGUGGACCAGAGAGAAGAGUGAGUGAGUGAGGAUGAGGACGCUGACCUUCGGAGGAACUCCAAACUAACCACGAGAAGCACACAAAGCGGGAAUUGCACCUCUUUCCCAAAGCGCACGGUUGGAUUGAACCGAUUGUUCUUCAUGCGAACUGAUGAAACGUUAGCACUCGUGCAGUUUUCAUCCAGUGGACGUGCACUUGCUAGUGUUUUUUAAGGGCUUGAUAAGUGAACUUUAGGGCUUCCAGGCAUGCGCCACUUUGAUACGACUUUCACCUUUGGGAGUGCAUGCGACAUGAUGGACUUAGACGAGAAAUACUCAACCUACUUUA